ACUUUUGGUAGUCUUGGAAACAUAAAAAUUUAUAAUGUGAGUCUCUAACACUGGGCAGUCACUAACAGUUGCACUUCAAUGAAAUGAUAAAGGUGAUUCACCUCCUUUGGGACUUCAUUUCUAUUCAACAUUUCCUGUGAAUUCAAAGAUAUUUAUGAUCACAGAAUCUUUCAAAUGGAUCAACUCAUCGUUGAUACACGGAGAUUUAUCAAUGAGAAGGACUGCAUCUACAAGCUGAGCGGCCUCCUUAGCAGCUUAUCAGCUUUCAUGCUUGAAGUACUCAUUGCAAGCAUCUUAUCCUGGCGCCUAUGGGAAUUUGACAGCAAUGCUGUGCAGUUUGUGUCCUUUGGCCUGUUUGAAGCAUAUUACCCUCAGCAGUUUAACAUCUCUGGAACACUAACCAAGAUGCUGGUAUACACCCCUAUUGAUUCAACUUGGAACAUUUCAACUGAAUUUAUGUAUGCACAGAACCUGAUAGUAUUGGCCAUUUUGAUGAAGCCUGUGGUUCUGGUUUUCUGUGUAAUAGCCAUUAAAAUCAGCUGCACGAAGAACCCACUAGUGGAGAUGCAGAUAUAUUGCUACAAGAUCUCUGCCUUAAUUUUGUCUGUUAGCAGCAUGUUCGCAUUUGUUUCUGUGAUCUGGAACCACAUGGUAGAUUUUUAUGGCCACACCACUCUUGACUUUCCAUCUGAUUUUCCUGUUAAGAAAGAAGCUUUAACAAGCAAACAUUUAACUGUGGUGUUACCAGUAGGCCUCCUUAUAGCCACCAUGUCACUCUUUGGUGUGAUCAUGUUUCUCUCUGAGAUAAGCGAUUUGAAACUAAAGCGUCCUGUGAAGGCCAAUGAUGCUUCCAAAAUGGGCCUUCUAGAUGCGUGAAGUGAUAAGUUUUGGAUUUCCAACAUUUGUGAGAAUGUUCUUUAAGAAGUUUCCUCUUCCUACAGGAAACUCAUGUAGUUCUCAACACAUUCUAAAUAAAUUUGUUCUAUACCAAGCAUCAA